AUGGUCCGGCCUGUACCCGCCCGCGCCCACCACCCUUGGCAGCCGGUGCCCGCGUCCACGAUGGGCAAUGAAGCCAGUUACCCGGCGGAGAUGUGCUCCCAUUUCACCCAAGAAGAAAUUAAAAGGCUGAGCAAGCGCUUCAAGAAGCUGGACGUGGACUCCUCGGGCUCUCUGAGCGUGGAGGAGUUCAUGUCCCUGCCCGGGCUGCAGCGCAACCCGCUGGUGCAGCGGGUGAUCGACAUCUUCGACACCGACGGCAACGGAGAGGUGGACUUCGAGGAGUUCAUCGUGGGGACCUCCCAGUUCAGCGUCCGAGGGGACGAGGAGCAGAAGCUGAGGUUUGCCUUCAGCAUCUAUGACAUCGAUAAAGACGGCUACAUUUCCAAUGGGGAGCUCUUCCAGGUGCUGAAGAUGAUGGUGGGGGACAACCUGCAAGACUGGCAGUUACAGCAGCUCGUGGACAAAACCAUCAUCAUCCUGGAUACGGACGGCGACGGGAGAAUAUCCUUCGAGGAGUUCAGCGUGGUGGUCAGAAACAUGGAAAUCCACAGGAAGUUGGUGGUAAUGGUGUGAGCUUUUUUUUUUUUUUAAGGGCGCCACCCACCAACUCUCACUUAACUUUUCUGUCUCUUUCAAAGUCGCUCCAGGCAACCCAGCAGCUGUCUCUCUGACUUAUUUGGAAGUGUUUCUCUUUGCGAAGGAAGCCACAUUGUCUAACAUGAACCUUAUGACCAACUUGGUGUUAUUGAUUCUUCUCUCACUGAUUCAGAGUAACACCCUGAAGGAGUGUGGUGAGGAAAGAAAAGCAAUUGGCUUUUAUAAAUGUCUUUUUCUUUGUUUUUGACUCAGCAGCCAAACUAUAUAUAGAGUCCAGAAGAACUUGAAAAAUUCAAAAAUAAGAAAAUAUACACAUCUUUGCCUCUCCUUCUCAUGCUUUUACAUAAGGGAGAAAAUUGCACAAUUUGUCAGGUAUUAGGUGAACUGCUUUUAUUUAUCUGCGGUGUCCAGGUAUCUUUUGCUAGAUUGUUAACUUCCUGUUGUGGCAACAGAAACAAAUAUACUUCUCGUGGCUGAGCACCUUUUAAGCAGCUCCCUGGGCAGGAAAAGCCCAUCUUUCCCUUUCCCAGACUGCAGCCCGCUCCCCAUCUUCAUCCAGAAAUCCCUGAGCAUUCUGGAGAACUCCUCCUGUCUCAUUGUUCCAGCCCCAGCCCCAGGGACUGGCCUCAGGGCUCUUGUAAGAAAUACGAAGCCUGGACUGAGUGCCCAGCCCAAUUCAGCCUCAGUGGCGGUCGGUCUUUCAGGAUGGGCCACCCACCCCAAUAUCAAGUUCAGUGAAGGGUCCUUCUAGACAAACAGGGCACAGGCCUUCUCAGAAAGAUCUCACCUCCAAAACUCAGCCACACCCACCAGCCCCCAAUUAGAGGGAAAGGGACAGAUUCAGAGUCAUUCCUCCCACAAGGCAGAGGCGGUGAAGACCUCAGCUGCAGCGGGCUUCCCCCAGGAUGCUGAAGUGGUGUUGCUCCUGGUUGUUCCUGAAGAGACGGGCAAACACGUCUCUGCAGCAGGCAGGGGGGAAUGCUGUCUGCACUGGCUACACUUAGCUUUAAACGUCAGACGUGGGGCCUGGCAGGGAACCUGAGAGCUCUUGCAUCUCAGGAAGACUUUUCAUUCCUCACACCCUAAUAAAUCUGCAGCCAAGGGGUGUACCAGGGCCUGUUCACCCUGGGCCAGUGUGUAGGCAUCUCUUCCUAGCUCUGUGUUCAGUGAUGUCAUAUCGAUAGUUUGGAAUUGAAUGUGAUGGAACUAGUAUAUCACAGAAAGGAGCAAAAAGUUUUCGUUUUGUUCUGUUUGGGAAACGAUUGUACUAGUAAGUAUACCACUGCCUGUACCCCGGAUGUCACCAGCUCUCCAAGGUCCCAUUUACUGUCAGUUCUCGGAAAAUAAGCUGUCCUUGGUCCCAGCAUCUGCCACUUCACACCAACCCUCUUCUUUGGAGUGGACCACUCCCCCUGGUCUCAAAACACAAGGACGAUGAAACAUACUCACCCUGAACUGGACAAAACCCAGUUGCUCAGGAUGAGGAAGAUCUGUUUGAAAGAUACCAUCAUCCCUAUAUUUUAAAGAAGACAGUAGCUAGUCUUGAAAAAAAAAAAAAAUAAGUCCACAAAUUUAAUUACUGUCAGGGCACCCAUCUGCCAAGGCUCCCAUAUUUUUUCGUUAGUAGGAACCACAAAAAAAUAUAUAGGAUUCUUAGUCCCUUUAAUUCCUGUGCAGUCCUAAUGCAUUAAUGAUCAUUAAAUGGUACCAACACUGUA